GAGGCGAUUCCCAUGGCGGAGCUGCGCGUCUGCCUGGCGCCCGGCAGAAGUCGGUGAGCGGAUUCCGAGCCAGCAAAACCCCUCGGCUGUGGGCGGCUUGGUUUGAUUAUGGAUCUGGAGAAAACCUCCGUCUGGGAAUCCCUGAAACAGAAAACGAAGCCUUUGUUGCACAACCUCAGUAUCAGAAGGACUAAGAAAAGCACCACCAAAACGAUGGAGACGAGGACAAUGCGCCCCUUAGACCGACGUCUCAGCUCCUCGGUCCCUGACAUGCUGAAUGUGGACACGGUUGUCGAGGAACACACCACCUGCUCCCGUUCCAAACACUUGUCCACGGUCCUCCCGAGCGGUUUUGCCGCCUCGGAGAUGUUCCUGCAGAACAGCAGCAGCACUUCUCUGAAACAGGACGAGGAGGAUUGGCAAUGGAGUCAUCAGGAGACGGUGCACAUGGAAAUAGGGGUGAGAGGGACGGAGGAGCCCGUCGCUUCCGGGCUGGGGUCGGAGCUGCAGCAGAAGUCCUCCAAAGAGCUCUUUGACCUGCUACAAAGGAGCAGCUUCAGCAGCGACCUCACGGAAGACACCAUGGAGCGUUCCUGCGGAAGCUCCACCUUCGACUCCUCGUGUUCCUCCCAGCUGUUUGAAGAGUCUUUUGUCCUUCCGGAAGGAAACGAUGGGCUGAGUAAAUUGCCCAGCGCCUUCGCCUAUCUCUUAACAAUUCAUCUGAAGGAAGGCAGAAACUUGGUCAUUCGAGAUCGGUGCGGUACAAGCGAUCCAUAUGUGAAGUUCAAGGUGAAUGGGAAAACGCUGUACAAAAGCAAGGUCAUCUACAAGAAUCUGAACCCAGUUUGGGAUGAGAUGGUUGUGCUUCCAAUACAGUCCUUGGAUCAGAAGCUUCGUGUCAAGGUUUAUGACCGAGACCUAACCUCUUCGGACUUUAUGGGUUCAGCUUUUGUAAAGUUGGAUGAACUGGAGCUCAACAGGACUACCGAGAAGGUUCUUAAACUGGAAGAUCCAAACAGCUUAGAGGAAGACAUGGGUGUGAUUGUGUUGGAGCUGAAGCUAGCCGUGAAGCAGACAGACAUUAAAAGAAAUAAGUGGACGAACCGAAGAAAGCUCUCUACACCAAAGGCGAACUUCAUGCGGACGGUGAGAUUGGCGGAUUCUUUACGGAAGAGCCAGCUGUGGAAUGGAACGGUCACCGUCGCCUUAUUGGAAGGGAAGAAUAUCCCCGGAGGGAGCAUGACGCAAAUGUUUGUUUGGUUGAGAAUGGGAGACCAAAAGUAUAAGAGUAAGACACUGUGUAAGAGUGCAAACCCACAGUGGAGGGAACAGUUUGAUUUUCACUACUUCUCUGACAGGAAGGAUGUGUUGGAGAUUGAAAUCUGGGGAAAGGAUAACAAAAAGCACGAAGAAGUUUUGGGAUUGUGUAAAGUCGAUAUUGGCGCAUUGCCUGGCAAGAGGAAAAACCGUUUGGUAUUGCCGCUGGAGAAACAGCCAGGGUCUCUGCUGCUGGUGGUUUCUGUCGCGCCCUGCUCAGGGGUUUCUAUCUCGGAUCUGUGCGUUUCCCCCCUGGGAGACCCCAACGAAAAGAAGCAGAUUUCUCAGCGCUAUUGUCUCUGGAACUCUUUCCGAAACAUAAAGGAUGUUGGAUUCUUGCAAGUCAAAGUCUUAAAAGCCGUCGAUCUCUUGGCUGCGGAUUUUUCAGGAAAAAGCGAUCCCUUCUGUGUGCUAGAGCUCGGGAAUGGGCGACUGCAGAGUUACACCGUUUACAAGAACCUCAAUCCAGAGUGGAACCAGGUCUUCACUUUCCCUGUAAAAGACAUCCACGAUGUUCUCGAAGUGACGGUGUUUGAUGAAGACGGAGACAAGCCGCCAGACUUCCUUGGAAAAGCUGCCAUUCCGCUGCUCUCUAUAAGAAAUGGACAGCAAAGCUGCUACGUUUUGAAGAAUAAAGACCUGGAACUCCCUUCGAAAGGAGUGAUCCAUUUGGAACUUGAUGUCUUAUUUAAUCCUGUGAAAGCCAGCCUUCGAACCUUUUUGCCCCGCGAGAGGCGGUUUCUGGAAGACAACCGCAAGUUUUCAAAGAAGAUCUUAGCCAGAAAUGUGGAACGCGUGAAAAGAAUCACAAUGGGGAUAUGGCACACGAUCCAGUUUCUCCGAAGCUGCUUUCUCUGGGAGUCUCCGGUCAGAAGUGUGGUUGCGUUUGUGGUGUUUGUGGUCACGGUUUGGCAUUUUGAGUUGUAUAUGGUGCCCUUGGCUUUAUCCCUGUUGUUUGCAUACAAUUUCUCCAUGAUCACACCUGAGAAAGUCAGCCAUCCCCAAGACCCCCAGGACUGCUUGGAUGUAGAAGAAGACGAUGACGACGAUGACAAGGAAUCUGAAAAGAAGGGCUUAAGAGAAAGAAUUUACAUGGUCCAGGAUAUUGUUAUAACGGUCCAGAACCUCUUGGAAGAUAUUGCAUCUUUUGCAGAAAGGAUAAAAAAUACGUUCAACUGGACAGUCCCUUUCCUGUCUGUCCUUGCUUGCUUAGUCUUUGCAGUGGCAACAAUUGUGCUGUAUUACAUACCACUGCGGUACAUCGUUUUACUCUGGGGCAUAAAUAAAUUUACGAAGAAGCUCAGAAACCCUUACGCCAUCGAGAACAACGAGUUGCUCGAUUUCCUCUCCAGGGUGCCGUCGGAUGUUCAAAGGGUGAAGCAGGCUGAAUUGAAACCAUACAGCCGAUCCAGCCCCAUUAGGAAGAAACGGAGUGCUUUAUAGGACGCUGCAGCGGGUGGAAUGCGGUACCCCAUUUGCCCGGACGCCCUCGAGCACAUGGUUCUCCCACCUCACCCUCAAACACCUUUGUAUCAGAGCAACACAGUCUGGAUGUAAACAUGGCUUUGGAAAAAAGCAAGCUCUCCGAGCUCUUCUUGCAAACGAGCUCUUCUCCAAAUGGGGUCGGAAUGGCAGAAAGCGGAUUAUUUCCACGAUGGGUUUUGGAGAUGCUGGACUUUUUGGCUCGUACAGCGUGAAAGCCAUUUUUUUUUUCAAGAAAACCGUGAUGUUCCGAACUUUGAAAAAGAAAGUCCACACGGAGAGUUGAGGGCAUCUCUUCGCUUAGCCGAGUUACCAGAUCCAAAGUCUUCGCUGCUCAUCUUCUUCGAAUGGUUUUAAAUGUCGUUUUAUCGUAAUGGCAGGGGGAUUGCUUAUGUUCUCAUACAUCCUCCCUUUUUCUUAUCUGGAGAUUGCUGCUGAUGAACUCAUUGGAAACUGCCAUUAACUGCUAGGGUCCCGACUUUUCUGAAUCAGAAGUUCGUUGCAGGCAAUGAACACCCUGGAAGCUGCCACUUAAUGGGAGCAGAAGAAUCAAA